AUGAAUAGAAAGUACUGUAUUGAUGAUACGUCAAGUAAUAUUGAAAUAUUGACUCCUCCAAGAAAGCAAAGACGAAAUAGAACAACAUUUACAGUAAAACAGUUAGAAGCACUUGAGCAAGUAUUCAAAAAAAGUCAUUAUCCUGAUGUAUUUGCUCGAGAAAAUUUGGCAAUAAAAAUGGAUUUAACCGAAGCACGUGUGCAGGUAUGGUUUCAAAAUCGUCGUGCAAAAUGGCGAAAAAGUCAACGUGGUUAUGUUGAGAAUACAUCACAAAUAUACGAAUUACCAUGCCAUUAUUCUACCAAAUCUCAUCAUAGAGAUAGGAAAAAAGAAUAUUCUAGUCAAUCAUCAUGGAAUACUUAUCUAUCUCAUAUUAUAAAAGAUAGUUUUGAUGUUACAGAUCUUUCUUCUUUAAACAAAAAAAAUAUUUCAUAUGAACAACCUCUUCUUCCAACUAAUACGUUGUCAAAAACAGAUUUUAAUACACCACAAACACGAUCUUAUAUUUUGAACAAUUUAUUAAGUUAUGGGUUAUUCUCGCAAGCUUAUCAUGCCGAAAGAUUCAAUAUUUAUGACAAUCCGCAAGCGAUGGAUUUAACAAAAUAUAAUGUACUAUGUUAA